CUGCUGUCCCAACUUCUCUAUAUAAGGCCAGGCCUCGCCUUCCUAGUUUUAACCCAUAAAAGGAAAGCCCUCCAAAAAUCCAUCACUCGCUCUAAUCCUUCUGCUGAGUGUCAAUCUUUCUAUACAAACAUGGAAACUCAAACACUACAAAUAGAUAGUUUGUGGGUUGUAGCCCUUGCCUCCAAGCUCGCCCCUUUGUCUUCCCGAAACAUCGCCAUUCUUCUCGUCGUUCUCUGCCUCGCAUUGCUAGGCCUCGCGUUGACCUACUGGAACCACCCAGGUGGGCCCGCCUGGGGCCGGUACUGGUGCAGGAGGGUUGUGUGUGGUGGCCGGGCCAAGGUCAUCCCCGGCCCCCGUGGGGUGCCCUUUCUUGGCAGCAUGGGCCUAAUGUCCGGCUUGGCACACCACAAGCUUGCCAAGGCCGCUGAGCAGGCCUGUGCCAAGCGGCUGAUGGCCUUCAGCCUCAGUGAGACGCGGGUUAUAAUCACGUGCAACCCGGACGUCGCGAGGGAGAUUCUCAAUAGUUCACACUUCGCGGACCGACCCAUCAAGGAGUCUGCCUACAGCCUCAUGUUCAACCGCGCGAUAGGGUUCGCCCCCUACGGAGCAUACUGGCGGAGCUUGCGCAGGAUUGCAGCCACACACCUCUUCUGCCCAAGGCAGAUCUUGGACUCGGAGCCACGGAGACGUGCGCUAGCAGCCCAGAUGAUGUCGGUCAUAUCCAGUUUUGGUGGGAACAGAUUCCAGCCACGCGAGAUCAUCAAGGGUGCCUCGCUCAACAACAUGAUGAGCUCCGUGUUCGGGCAGGAGUACGACCUAAAUUCGGGCAGUGAAGAGGCCGACGAACUUAAGGGGCUAGUCGAAGAAGGGUACGGGCUGCUAGGGAAGCUGAACUGGUCGGACCAUGUUCCAUGGCUCGCCGCCGGACUGGACCUUCAGAAGGUACGGUUUCGAUGCUCAAGGUUGGCGCCAAAGGUGAACAAGUUUGUGGGCCGGAUCAUUAAGGAGCAUAGGAACCAGAUAAAAUAUUGCCAGAAGAGCCAAGACUUCGUGGACGUUCUGCUCUCGCUUCAAGGACCUGAUAAAUUAGCGGACUCCGACAUGAUCGCCGUUCUGUGGGAGAUGAUAUUCAGAGGAACAGACACCGUGGCGGUUUUGAUAGAGUGGAUCCUGGCAAGGAUGGUGCUCCACCCUGACGUCCAAUCCAAGGUCCAUGAGGAGCUCGACCGAGUCGUGGGAAGAUCUAGGCCGUUGGUCGAAUCCGAUCUUCAGUCCUUGGUCUACCUACCUGCAGUCGUGAAAGAAGUCCUCAGGCUCCACCCUCCAGGUCCGCUACUGUCAUGGGCCCGGCUGGCAAUCACGGAAACCACCGUAGACGGCUACCACGUGCCCGCAGGCACUACAGCGAUGGUCAACAUGUGGGCCAUCACAAGGGACCCAGAAGUGUGGGAUGACCCACUGAGCUUCAGGCCCGAGAGGUUCGUGUCUGGAAAUGCCGGCAGCACGGAGAUAUCCGUGUUUGGAUCUGAUCUGAGGUUGGCCCCCUUCGGAUCGGGUCGGAGGGUGUGCCCUGGGAAGGCACUGGGGAUGACCACAGUGAGCUAUUGGGUCGCACAUCUGUUGCACGAGUUCGAGUGGGUCCGAACGGGUCAGGACCCGGUAGAUCUCAGUGAGGUACUCAAGCUAUCCAGUGAAAUGGCAAAUCCUCUGACUGUGAAAGUGAAACCAAGGCUUCUAUGAGAUUGAAUACUAUCAUAUAGUAGUUCUUCUCUGUUUUUUUUUUUUGUUUUUUUUUUUAAAUUUUUGGAUCUUUUAUAAUUUAUAGGUCAUCCCCAAGAUAUUGGGGUAGUAGGUGGAGUGAUUAUACAUUGUGCUUGUGCAGACCUUGUACUUAUGGCCCUCCUUUCAUAUGUACAUAUGACCCCAAACAAAAAAAGGCAUGUGGAGCCCCAAUUAGACUAUCAAACAAAGAUGUAAAUACAUGCAAGGGUUGCUCUAUCUAGGGAAAAAAAUAUUGCCAGUUUGGACUUGAAAAUCUGUUAAAAUCUUUUUUCGUUUUUGGACUUUUCCUCUUCUUUUUUUGUUUUUGUUUUUGUUGGGGGGUGUGUGUGGAGACAAGAUAUUUUAUAUCAGUGGAUAGUUACAGUA